UAUCCGCUUACUAGUUGCAGCCUGCCGGUUGCUUCCAGAAGAAGAGUUGAAGAUGGUGGCUUGUUUUCGGGUAUUUGAUUCAAUGGGGAUUUGCUUUAGUGCCAGAAUUAAAGCCGAAAGCCUCAAUAACACAGGACUGACGUCAAAUUAUGAUAGUGGUAAAGGGAAAGAUUUGAGCAGUGAAAGCAGCGGCAGCAAAGUUUCAUCGUUCUCAGCACCUUUAACACCUCGGAGUGAGGGUGAGAUUUUACAGUCCCCCAAUUUGAAAAGUUUCAGCUAUGCUGAUCUCCGAAUGGCCACGAGGAAUUUCCGCCCCGAUAGCGUGAUUGGAGAAGGAGGUUUUGGCUCCGUGUUUAAGGGUUGGAUAGAUGAAAACUCCUUCGCCGCCACCAAGCCUGGAACCGGCAUCAUUAUUGCUGUCAAAAGGCUCAAGCAGGAUGGGUUCCAAGGUCACAGGGAGUGGCUGGCUGAAGUGAAUUACCUGGGACAAUUUUAUCAUCCUAAUCUUGUGAAACUGAUUGGAUAUUGCUUGGAGGAUGAACACCGCCUUUUGGUGUAUGAAUUCAUGCCUCGUGGCAGCUUGGAGAAUCAUCUAUUCAGGAGAGGUUCUUAUUUCCAGCCUCUUUCUUGGAGCCUCCGUCUGAAGGUUGCUCUCGGUGCUUCAAAAGGGCUUGCCUUCCUUCACAACGCGGAAACGAAAGUCAUAUAUCGAGACUUCAAGACUUCCAACAUCUUGCUUGAUUCGAACUACAAUGCAAAGCUUUCGGAUUUUGGAUUGGCCAAAGAUGGGCCAACAGGUGAUAAGAGCCAUGUUUCUACGAGGGUCAUGGGGACCUAUGGAUAUGCUGCUCCGGAGUAUCUUGCCACAGGUCAUCUGUCUGCCAGGAGUGAUGUCUAUAGUUUUGGAGUUGUGCUGUUGGAGAUGUUAUCCGGCAGAAGAGCAAUCGACAAGAAUCGACCGUCCGGAGAACAAAAACUGGUGGAAUGGGCCAAACCUUACCUUGCCAACAAACGCAAAGUAUUCCGUGUACUGGAUAAUCGCCUUGAAGGCCAGUACUCAAUGGAAGGAGCCUUUAAGGCUGCUAACCUUGCUUUGCGAUGCCUUUCCAUCGAUCCUAAGUUCAGACCGAACAUAAAUGAGGUUGUAACAGCAUUGCAGCAGCUCAUGGAAUCCAAUGAUUCCGAAAGUAAUCAGAACAAAACUAACGACAUACCUCGGAGACGUAGGCAAAGAGCAGAUGAUGUUAACGCUGGUAGGAGUAAGACUGCAUACCCUCGUCCAUCGGCUUUGCCACUUUAUGCCUGAUAACGGAAUCAAGGCCCGGAAGGCAUUCACUUUUACUAUAUUUUUGCCUAGUGAUUGUACAGUUAGUUUAUUAGCUAAAUGUACUUGAAAGUUGGCGACAAAAUUGCAGGCUGUUACCCAGAUCAAGGGGGAAUGUACUUGCAAUUAUAUGUUACUUUAUGAGAGCCAACUUGGAAAACGGUGUAAUAACUUUUCUACGGUGCAAUUAUUAGUUUUAUCCUCCCUUUUCCAG